CCUGCCCUCUUCACUACCACUAUCUUCUCGCGAUAGAGAAAGGCCAACGCCAAACCAUGGCAGCCGGAAAAUAUCUCCUCUACACUUUCCUGUCGAUAACCACAGCCUUUGCUCUAUUUUUCACUUGUCUCCACCUCCCCUCUCCUCCACUCAACGCGGCAGAGAUUUUCAACUGCGCCGCCUGCUCCCCAUGGUGCACCUCCAAAUCCCAACCCACUACCCUCGACCACCAAAACCCCACGCGCCGUCAUGACCACGCCUCCGACAUCCCCCACCACCCUCUCGACCCACUCACCGUUCAAGAAAUCACCCAAGUUCGUUCAAUCCUCUCUUCUCAUCCUCUCUUCAGAUCCUCUCCCUUUUCCAUCCACUCCCUAGUCCUGGAAGAGCCCCAAAAGUCCCACGUCCUUGAAUGGCAAACCGGUGACCCUCUGCCGCCUAGAAAGGCUUCGGUAGUCGCACGUGUCGACGGUAAAUCCCACGUGUUAACCGUCGACCUGACCUCCGCUAAUAUCGCUAUCCUCCGAACGGGCCCACAUUCGGGUUAUCCGACGAUGACGGCCGAAGAGAUGUUUACUGCCACGUGGGUACCGAUGAAGAGUGAGAGAUUCAAUCAAACGAUUCUCGACCGUGGGAUUGCUCUCUCAGACGUAUCUUGCUUGCCCAUCUCGACCGGAUGGUUCGGCGCCAAGGAAGAGAAUCGGCGGCUGAUCAAAGUCCAGUGCUACUCCAUGAAGGACACUGCCAAUUUCUACAUGAGACCUAUUGAAGGGUUGACUGUCCUCGUUGACUUAGACGUUCAACAAGUGAUUGAAAUUUCCGACAAAGGCAAAAACAUCCCGAUUCCAAAAGCCGCCAACACCGAUUACCGAUACUCGGCGCAGCCGCCGAACAAGGUAAUGAAAUUGCUAAAUCCGAUUUCAAUCGAGCAACCGAAGGGGCCGAGUUUUAGUGUAGAGGACGAGCAUUUGGUGAAAUGGGCAAAUUGGGAAUUUCACUUGAAACCCGACCCGAGAGCGGGGAUGGUGAUUUCUCGGGCCAAAGCUCGGGACCCGGAUACGGGGAUUUUGAGGGAUGUUAUUUACAAGGGGUUUACAUCGGAGUUGUUUGUGCCUUACAUGGACCCGUCGGAUGCCUGGUACUUCAAAACCUAUAUGGAUGCGGGCGAAUACGGGUUCGGGUUGCAAGCAAUGAGUCUUGACCCGCUUAAUGAUUGCCCGAGAAACGCUUAUUAUAUGGAUGGUGUUUUUGCGGCGGUGGAUGGAAAGCCGUACGUGCGGCGGAAUAUGAUUUGCUUGUUCGAGAGGUACGCCGGAGAUAUUGGGUGGCGGCAUGCGGAGAGUCCGAUAACGGGCUUGGAUAUCACUGAGGUUAGGCCGAAAGUGACGCUGGUGGCGAGGAUGGCGGCGUCUGUGGCCAAUUAUGACUAUAUUGUCGAUUGGGAGUUCCAAACUGAUGGGCUCAUCAGAAUCAAGGUGGGUCUGAGUGGAAUAUUGAUGGUGAAAGGCACAUCUUACGAGAACACGAACCAGUUCGCCGGACAAGAUCUCUAUGGCACUCUGUUGUCGGAAAACGUCAUCGGAGUAAUCCACGACCAUUUCGUUACGUUCUACUUAGACAUGGAUAUCGAUGGCUCCGACAAUUCAUUUGUAAAGGUGAAUCUCCAAAGGCAAAUGACUUCCAGAGGAGAAUCGCCGAGAAAAAGUUACCUGAAAGCAGUGAAAAAGGUAGCUAAGACAGAGAAGGAAGCUCAAAUUAAGCUCAAAUUGUACGACCCAUCGGAGUUUCACAUUGUAAAUCCCUCUGUAAAGACUCGGGUCGGUAAUCCGGUCGGUUACAAGGUGGUUCCGGCCGCUACCGCUGCCAGCUUGCUGGAUUUGGACGAUCCGCCGCAGAGGAGAGGAGCGUUUACGAAUAAUCAGAUAUGGGUUACGCCGUAUAACCGGAGCGAGGAGUGGGCCGGCGGGCAGUUUGUUUACCAGAGCAAUGGCGAGGAUACCCUUCAAACUUGGUCGGACCGGGAUCGAGGGAUUGAAAACAGAGAUAUAGUGGUAUGGUACACAUUAGGGUUCCAUCACGUGCCAUGCCAAGAAGAUUUUCCAAUCAUGCCGACCGUAUCAGCGAGUUUCGAUUUGAAGCCUGUAAAUUUCUUCGAAAGCAAUCCAAUACUCCGAUUUCCACCCAACACCAUUGAAGACCUUCCUGUAUGCAAGGCUGCUGCCUCCGCUUGAACUUCGACCACCAAAUUUCCUUUCAGAUAUAAAUGUAAGCAAGGGAGGUUUGGCAGAUAGGGCCAUGUUGUUGUUGUUGUUGAUGUUUUGAUUUGUAAAAUAAAGUUCAAAGUUCAUAUUUGAAAAGAUGGGUAGUAAGAGUGUCGUGUUUAUGAGAAAUGCUAAUGCAAUCAUGUAAAAGAGUACCGAUCAAUUAAGUAUCUUUGUUGAUGCCUUUAAUUUCAUAACAUUUUAUAAGUUCAUCAAUUCUUCAUUGGUGAAGAUUCCAGUA